UUUUAGGAGGAUGGACUAUAACAUUGAAUCAAUUACAAAAUGCGGGUUUUGAGCCCAUUACUGUUGGAGCUUGAGGGAGAGAAACAAACAGACGAGCUACAAGGGAGUAUUGGAGGCUUGGGGCUUACUUUUCACUCGGUGGAUAGGAUUGUCCUUGCGAAUUGACAUAGAAGGAGAAGUUCUCAGGAGCCAUGGGGACUUCCCACCAGGCCUUCCUGGCCCUCAGCUGUCUCCUCACGGGGCCGAGCCUCAUCCUCUGCCAGCUCUUGUUACCCUCUAUCCUUCCGAACGAGAAUGAGAAGGUUGUGCAGCUGAAUUCUUCGUUUUCUCUGAGAUGCUUUGGGGAGAGUGAAGUGAGCUGGCAGCACCCCAUGUCUGAAGAAGAGGACCCCAACGUGGAAAUCAGAAACGAGGAGAACAACAGCGGCCUCUUUGUGACUGUGCUGGAAGUGGUCAACGCCUCCGCGGCCCACACCGGAUGGUACACUUGCUAUUACAACCACACGCAGACCGACGAGAGUGAGAUCGAAGGCAGGCACAUUUACAUCUAUGUGCCAGACCCAGACAUGGCCUUUGUGCCUCUAGGGAUGACAGAUUCUUUAGUCAUCGUGGAAGAAGACGAUUCUGCCAUCAUACCUUGUCGCACCACAGACCCGGAGACUCAAGUGACCUUGCACAGCAAUGGGAGGCUGGUGCUUGCCUCUUACAACAGCAGGCAGGGCUUCAACGGGACCUUCAGUGUGGGGCCGUACGUCUGUGAGGCCACCGUCAAAGGAAGGACGUUCAAGACCGGCGAGUUCAACGUUUAUGCGUUGAAAGCAACGUCAGACCUGAAUCUGGAGAUGGAAGCUCAUCAAACUGUGUAUAAAUCAGGGGAGACGAUAGUGGUGACCUGUGCUGUCUUUAACAAUGAGGUGGUUGACCUUCAGUGGACCUACCCUGGAGAAGUGAGAAACAAAGGCAUCACCAUGCUGGAGGAGAUCAAACUCCCAUCCAUCAAACUAGUGUACACUUUGACGGUCCCCAAGGCCACGGUCAAAGACAGUGGAGAUUAUGAAUGUGCUGCCCGCCAGGCCACUAAGGAGGUCAAAGAAAUGAAGAAAGUCACCAUUUCCGUCCAUGAGAAAGGUUUCGUUGAGAUCAAACCCACCUUUGGCCAGCUGGAAUCUGUCAACCUGCAUCAGGUCAGAGAGUUCGUGGUGGAGGUGCAGGCCUACCCUACUCCCAGGAUAUCCUGGCUGAAGGACAACUUGACUCUGAUUGAGAAUCUCACCGAGAUCACCACGGACGUGCAGAAGAGCCAGGAAACAAGGUAUCAGAGCAAAUUAAAGCUUAUCCGGGCUAAGGAAGAGGACAGCGGCCACUAUACCAUUAUAGUUCAAAACGACGAUGAUGUGAAGAAUUACACGUUUGAGCUGUCAACUCUAGUUCCUGCAUCCAUCCUGGAGCUCGUGGAUGACCACCAUGGCUCUGGCGGGGGACAGACUGUGAGAUGCACAGCCGAAGGCACACCUCUUCCGGACAUCGAGUGGAUGAUCUGCAAGGAUAUUAAGAAAUGUAACAACGACACUUCAUGGACAACCUUGGCCAGCAAUGUCUCCAACAUCAUCACCGAGUUCCAUCGCCGAGGCAGGAGCACCGUGGAGGGACGAGUGUCCUUUGCCAAAGUGGAAGAGACCAUCGCAGUUCGAUGCCUGGCAAAGAAUGACCUUGGCAUUGGGAACCGAGAGCUGAAGCUGGUGGCCCCCACCCUGCGUUCUGAGCUCACGGUGGCGGCCGCGGUGCUGGUGCUGUUGGUGAUUGUCAUCGUCUCUCUCAUUGUCCUGGUUGUCAUUUGGAAGCAGAAACCACGCUAUGAAAUUCGCUGGAGGGUCAUUGAGUCUAUCAGCCCUGAUGGACACGAGUAUAUUUAUGUGGAUCCGAUGCAGCUGCCUUAUGACUCCAGAUGGGAAUUCCCGAGGGACGGACUGGUGCUUGGUCGGAUCUUGGGAUCUGGUGCCUUCGGGAAGGUGGUUGAAGGUACAGCCUAUGGAUUAAGCCGCUCCCAGCCUGUCAUGAAGGUGGCUGUGAAGAUGCUUAAACCCACAGCGAGAUCCAGUGAAAAGCAAGCCCUCAUGUCUGAGCUGAAGAUAAUGACCCACCUGGGACCACAUUUGAACAUUGUGAACUUGCUGGGAGCCUGCACCAAGUCAGGCCCCAUUUACAUCAUCACUGAGUACUGCUUCUAUGGGGAUUUGGUCAACUAUUUGCAUAAGAAUAGAGAUAGCUUCAUGAGCCGUCACCCAGAGAAGCCAAAGAAGGAGCUGGACAUCUUCGGACUGAAUCCUGCUGAUGACAGUACAAGGAGUUACGUGAUUUUAUCUUUUGAAAACAAUGGUGACUACAUGGACAUGAAGCAAGCCGAUACCACACAGUAUGUCCCCAUGCUUGAAAGGAAAGAAGUCUCUAAGUACUCCGACAUCCAGAGAUCGCUGUAUGAUCGGCCAGCCUCCUAUAAGAAGAAAUCUAUGCUAGACUCAGAAGUCAAAAACCUCCUGUCAGAUGAUGACUCCGAGGGUCUUACUUUGCUGGAUUUACUGAGCUUCACCUAUCAAGUUGCGCGAGGAAUGGAAUUUUUGGCUUCCAAAAAUUGCGUCCACCGGGACCUGGCUGCCCGCAACGUCCUUCUGGCACAAGGGAAAAUUGUGAAGAUCUGUGACUUUGGCCUGGCCAGAGACAUCAUGCAUGAUUCCAACUACGUGUCAAAAGGCAGUACCUUCCUGCCUGUGAAGUGGAUGGCUCCUGAGAGCAUCUUUGACAACCUCUACACCACGCUGAGUGACGUCUGGUCUUACGGCAUUCUGCUCUGGGAGAUCUUCUCCCUCGGUGGCACACCCUACCCUGGCAUGAUGGUUGAUUCGACUUUCUACAAUAAGAUCAAGAGUGGAUACCGGAUGGCCAAACCUGACCAUGCCACCAGUGAAGUCUAUGAGAUUAUGGUGCAGUGCUGGAACAGCGAGCCCGAGAAGAGACCCUCCUUCUACCACCUGAGUGAGAUCGUGGAGAAUCUGCUGCCUGGGCAAUAUAAAAAGAGUUAUGAAAAGAUUCACCUGGACUUCCUAAAGAGUGACCAUCCGGCUGUGGCACGCAUGCGCGUGGACUCUGACAACUCAUACAUUGGCGUCACUUACAAAAACGAAGAGGACAAGCUGAAGGACUGGGAAGGCGGCCUGGACGAGCAGAGGCUGAGUGCGGACAGCGGCUACAUCAUCCCCCUGCCAGACAUUGACCCUGUUCCCGAGGAGGAGGAGGAGGAGGAUCUCGGCAAGAGGAACAGACACAGCUCGCAGACUUCGGAAGAGAGUGCCAUUGAGACGGGCUCCAGUAGCUCCACCUUCAUCAAGAGAGAGGACGAGACCAUUGAGGACAUCGACAUGAUGGAUGACAUCGGCAUAGACUCCUCAGACCUGGUGGAGGACAGCUUCCUGUAACGGGCAGGGUCGGGGGCUCCCGACUACUCCUGGAGCCUCCUUGGGAUCCCUUUAAGAAAACCACUUCAUGGCAGUACGAAGGUUGAGGAGAGAGGACUCGGGUGAGGUGGAAAGAGAAGUUCCCUGUCCCGGGCCACGGGGAGCCUCUGUGAACGGAUGGGAUACUCGGAUUGAACUUGGUCCGCGUUGCCUCUUGCAUCUCAGCGGUGGGCGUGUGAGGUUUGGAAAUGGACGGACAAGGGGAAUAACAGGCCGCAGAAGACGAGCUUUGUGUUUCCGGGGCGUUGGUGAGAUUCCCACACACGCAAUUCGCGCUGCGACACAGCUCCAGCGUUGUAGUUAUGUAAAUAACUCUAACCAAGGAUGUGUUUAGAUUUGUGUUAACUCUCCUCUCUGGACUUCUGAAGAGACCACUCAGUCCAUCCAUGUACUUCCCUCUUGGAAUCCGGUACCAGCUGCUGUUGAAUUUUCCCACGAAGUACAUGCAAAACCACUUUGAACCUUGAAAGGUACUGGAACCACCCUGUUUUACUGUCUUAUUCGUGUUAAAGAGGCAAAAGAUGACAACUAACCAACCUUGAAUAGUAGAUUUGGGUCUUUUAGGAGCCCAAGAACUCCUCUGUAUAUUGUAAUCUAUACUUAUAACACUACUACUGUUAACAGUAAUGCUAAAUAUGUAAUCCGUAACAUGAUUUCCCGCCAGAGAAAGCACAAUUAAAACAAAAACCCUUACUAAGUAGGUGGACAAGUUUGGCAGUUUUUGACAUUUAUAUUAAGUAACACGUUUCUCAGUAAAAUAUAAUAGCUUUAGUGGAUUAAAGUUAGCGAACACUAGAGAGCAGAGUAUUAAGUAGUGUCGCCCAGAAGUUUUUGAUGCUAUGUACUGAGUAGUGUUCUCCCUAAUCCAAGGCACUAAAAGCAGUUAAUCACCUCUGAAGUAAUGGAAUUAGAAGCAAGCAAGGCGGAACCCCCGUGUUCUAAAUGUUCUCAGUAUAAAGGCUUAAGUCUGGGCCCAAUGUGACGUCCCAUGCUGUGACCUUGUGGAAAUGAACAGUUCACAAAAGGACUCAGAUGGGCAGAAGUUUCUUUCACGACCAGUGAUGACUUUGAUGGAUCCCACCCAUCUCUACCUUUUAAAAUCUAUGACAUUUAAAAAUGCUUCAACAUCAGCACCUCACUUUCCUCUCUUGUCUUAAAGAGAAAGAGCUGAUGAUCCCGAAACCACAAUGGUGCUGUUGAAUGAAGGUUGUGUGGGCAUUAGCUUGGCUCUUUCUUUCCCACUGUUAACUGCAACUGCAGUCACUAACUCCGGGUCUUUGCCCCAGAGAUUUGGAAUCACUAGGUCUGAGGGGAGCAGGAACCUAUAUAUAUAUCUUAAUAAACUCCUUGGUGUUUCUGAUCAACCAGCAUCCAGAAACACCGGCUUGAGUUACAGAGGGUUGCCGUGGGUGGGGCAAUUUUGAAAUUUGGAACUGGGCUAGAAGUCAACCAUGCAGGAAGGCUACUAAUUUAAGUCCUUGGCUUUACGUCAGUAACGUUUGAUGCCACAUCUCUAGCAAUUCCCACUCUUAAUGUAAGUUUCCAUGCUUCGCUGAGGCUGAGAAAGCAAAAUCUUGGUUUGGGCACAUCUUCCAGUUUCAGACAAUGUGGGUACCACUUCCCACUGGAUGGGGGGACCUCAGGUUGUCCACCUCAAAGCAGGUUCACAGAUGAUGCAACUGUGUGCGUCAGGUCUUUGUAGAGUCGGCUCUGUAUUUGGUGGAGAAGAUGAAAAGGUUUUCCUGAUUUGGGGGUGUUUAGGUGGGAGGACAGCAGAACCAGGCGAACUGUCAAACUGGUGUAAGUUCAUUGGCAUUCUCUGCAAUGUGCCUAAUUGCUGACUCCGUAUGAAUGAAACAUGGGCUGUGAUUACUGCAAUCACUGUAUCUGCUUCCAGCAGGUGAUGCUUUGGAAGCCACAGAAGCAAUAACAAGGUACUUGACUGCCUACUGGUAUAAUCUCAGUGCAAACCCCAACUUUCCUUUUUCACAGCAAGUGUGAAGACUGAGCCAGAUUGGCCAAUUAAAAACAAAAACCUGACUAGAUUCUUUAGAGCCAAUUAGACCUGAAACACAUUCGUGUUUCUAGAAUUGCAGCUCAAGCGUUCUGUUUAUCACCCCUUCGUACAGCCUUGACUUUGUUGGUUCUUUUUAUUCUGAUGUUGCUUUGGGCCUUGCAUGACACCAUGAGGUUGGAUGAACAGUUCCUGUCCUUAGCCGUUCUCUCCGCUGAGAUUAAAUGGGAAUACAUUUGUUUUUGUUUUUUGAGACAGGAUCUCUCUAUGUAGCUCUGGCUGUCCUGGAACUCACUAUGUAGACCAGGCUGGCCUUUAAUCCUCAGAGAUCCAUUUGCCUCUGCCUCCCGAGUGCUGGGAUUACAGGCACGCACCACCACACUCAGCAGGAAUACAUUUUUAUUUUUAAACAGUGUUUUGAGUGUAUCCCUGAUUCAUUUCUAUUUUGCCUCCUGCAGAGUCCCCAAAAGAAAAUUUACCAAUCUUUCCUGCUUUCUAUUUUUAUGAUGACAAUCAAAGCCAGCCCGAGGAAAACAAUUUGUGACUUUUUUAAAUGAUCAGUGAGAUGUCCUUGAAAUGUGGUCUGCCAACCUGUACAAAAUGGUCCUAUAUUUGUGAAGAGGGACAUAAGAUAAGAUGAUGUUAUACAUCAAUAUGUAUAUAUGUAUUGCUAUGUAGACUUGGAGAAUACUGCCAAAACGUGUAUGACAAGCUGUAUCACUGCCUUUGUUUAUAUUUUUUUAACUGUGAUAUUCCCCACAGGCACAUUAACUGUUGCACUUUUGAAUGUCCAAAAUUUAUAUUUUAGAAGUAAUAAAGAGGAAAAAUACUUACAUGUUCCCCAAAUGGUGGUGUGGUGAAUGCGUGAGAGCGACUAACGCCAUAGGGAGGGUCUGCCAGUACAAGACGGCUUCCAAAUACCCCUGUUCAUGUUUUGUUUUAAAAAGUGUAAAUGGAGAUCUUUAUAUUUCAAUAAAUGAUUUAUUAUAUAUGGUUUAAAGUGA